UGUUUGGCAAGACACGCUACCGCGUUCAGUUGGCAUACGAACAGUCAGGCAUGCAAACAUUGCGUUUCUUUCAGAAUCGGAUACAGUAUACCAAUGUUUACGGGGUUCGUGAUUAUGUUCUUGUCUACAGUAAUUUUUGCAUUUGGCCAAUCAUAUGGAGUUCUCUUUGUCGCCCGUUCGCUCCAAGGAGUGGGCUCAGCGUGCUCAAGCGUCUCUGGGAUGGGUAUGUUAGCCGCUGCGUUCCCCGACGACAAGGAAAGAGGAAACGCAAUGGGCAUCGCGCUAGGUGGCCUCGCUAUGGGAGUCCUCAUCGGUCCACCGUACGGAGCCUUCAUGUACGAGUGGGUAGGCAAAGAAGCUCCCUUCCUCAUUCUGGCGACAGUGUCACUGCUGGACGGAGCCUUGCAGCUGCUCGUUCUGAAGCCGUGCGUGAGGCGAGGUGAGAUGCAGGGCGCUUCACUGAAGGAGCUGCUGAAGGAUCCUUACAUACUCAUAGCUGCGGGCGCCAUCACGUUCGCCAACAUGGGCAUAGCUAUGAUGGAGCCUUCCCUCCCGAUUUGGAUGAUGGACACAAUGCACUCGGAAAAAUGGGAACUCGGUGUAGCGUUUCUACCAGCAAGUAUCUUGUACUUGAUCGGUACAAAUAUAUUUGGUCCUCUAGCUCACAAGAUGGGCAGGUGGCGUUGCUCACUGAUAGGAAUGCUUGCGAUCGGCAUAUGUCUAAUGUUUGUACCACAGGCGCGUCAACUUGCGCAUUUAAUACCGCCGAACGCUGGACUGGGUUUGGCCAUAGGUAUGGUAGAUUCCGCAAUGAUGCCAACGAUGGGCUAUUUGGUUGAUAUUCGACAUGUCGCUGUCUAUGGAAGUGUGUAUGCCAUAGCUGAUGCCGCCUUCUGCGUUGGAUUUGCAGUCGGUCCAGCUCUGAGUGGAACGAUAGUCCGAACGUUGGGAUUUGACUGGAUGCUGUACGGAAUAGCAAUAGUUAACAUCAUUUACUCGCCACUGAUGUUUUUCCUCAAAGAUCCAAAACCGAACGAAGAGAAGGCGGCGUUAAUCAUAAACGAGGAGUGUCCGGUGAAGUAUGUGACGUACAAUCAGACGAACGGUGGCCACUUCUCGGACGGGGAGGACGACUGGUGACAGGGCGCUGCUCGGCGUUAGGCGCGAAGCAAUUGUAGAAAAUAUAUAUUUAUCAUAUAAAGCAUAUAAUAUAGAAGCAUUCGGUGGCUUUAUAGUUGUAGAAAUGGGACGUGAAUAACACAAGCUGCAUGCGAUAUCGAGCGCGGUGCCGCUAUAGAUGCCCGCAGCAGCUUACAGGCCGUUUUGCGUAUAUAGGCAGUGUUGUGCCAGAACCGGAAACGUCUGCCUGAUAUAUAAUAUGCGCAGAUAGAAUAUUCGUUGUUAUCGUAACAAGAAUUUGACAUUGAGAGACAUUCAGCCGACCAUCCAUCAGCAUGUGUUAAAGUUCUCAAGCGCUGUGUGUCUCAAAAGAUGAAUGGACUUAUGCAAUAUAUGAAACAGUAUAUAUAAAUAUAUAGGCCUGCUCGCAAUUAAUGUUCAGUAUCGUACAUCAUCGAAUAUAUGUAUAUAUUUUUGCGUGAAUAGUUACAGUAUAAGAAUAAGUGUAUAUGCGUAACAGAAUAAUCUUAGCUGACUCAUACAUUUCAGCUUGUGACCAAAUACGUUUCGUUUAAAAACGAGCCGACAAGAUAUGGCCCUUUAGAGCAUAAUGACGGGUGCAUGCUAGCACGAGGUGCAUAUUUUCAAAUAAUCCUUCUGGUCACGGUAUUCCUGUCACGGAAAUGUAUCAGGCUACGUGGCCGAGGUUCGUCAAACGCUGUCUUUAAAAAAAACCGAGCAUUAGUCGCAGUUACAUUUUUCCGUUUACCUUUAAACACGUUACUUACACGUGUAUCCGAGAAUAACUUAACGUCGCUCUAUGUCUACCACAUCAUAGCUAGCUGUCCUAACUGUUAGAAUGUUUUUUAACAAUUACUGGAUACUGCGUAGUUGCGAUUGGUCAGAAAAUGCGUUAUUUUAUUAUGGUCAGAUAUUGCGGCAGCAAUACUGCCUAGCAUAUAUUCAACAUAAUCUUGAACACUUUCCCUGGAGUUAUAACACCUCCCUAGUUGGAACACGUCCAAAUAGUGCAUCUUCCUAUACAGGAAAAGCGAUAUAGAUCAAUGAAAUAUGUGUCAUGUACGUAAGCAAGCGCAAUAGAUAUCCAUGGCUAAUCAUCUACUAUAUUUUAGAAUGCCGAUUCGUGCAGUAAUAAUAAUGUUAUAUAGAUUAUAGUUAGCUAGUUGUGUCUUCCUGCUGCGUGUAUACAGUUCUGUACUCAGCAUGAAUCGGUAGGCUUGAUGUUAGACAUGUAAGGGCGCGGCGUGUUCGCGGCGACUGUUAACUCGCUACGUCUAUCUAUCUCCAAAAUCGCGCAUGCGCAGUGGAGACGAUAUGCUACGUGUUGCAGACGCAUUCAUGUGCAUAGUAAAACCUAUAGUCGCGAUUUAAUCAGAAAAGGUUGUGCAGUUGUGAGGUGUGCGGCGAUUAUAUCUGCAUAUAUAAGCCGUUUUAUUGGUAUAGGUACCAUAACCUGUAUUGGAUGGAAACAAUACCCCCUAUAAAGAAUUCCGAACUGGCUUAAUCCCAGCUGUGGAGAUGGCUAUUCUAGCUAUACGCCCUUCUUAAACGUUGUGAUCAUGUCACGGAUGCGACCUUCAACCACGACUAGCAAUACUAUCAUAGUUACGGGUGCACUAGUAAUUACCUUGCCCUUCCCGUGACCUGUAAAGGAGACGAUGAAUGAUCGAAUGGGUUACCAUUUGCGUUCUCAAUUCGAACACGUUUAGGAUAGAGGCAAUUAGUUUUUAUUUCAACUCGUUCAUUCUAAUUCGUUUUCAACUACGAUGGGACGUUAGUACUGCAAUUCGAAGCUAUGAUUAAUAAAUGUACUAUGAAAUGCUCAA